CCCCGCCUCCUCCGAAGCUUAUCUCCGUGCCCCGCAGUGUUUUCCGUCAGUAGUCAUGGCUAAGCUGAUCGCAGUGUUCGGGAUUCUCGCUCUGGUGUCCGCUGCUGCGGCGGCCACCGGUCAGAGCAGGCUGGUGGGCGCUCCGAUAGAGGCUUCCGAGAAUGAUGAGGACGUCCAGCGGGCUCUGGUGUUUGCGGUGAAUGAGUAUAACAAGGGAACCAAUGAUAUGUUCGUCAGCAGGGUGGCCAAGAUCAAUCACGUCGAGAAGCAGAUUGUAUCUGGAAUAAACUUCAUAUUUGACGUUGACUUUUCGCGUACUCUGUGCAGAAAGCCAAAAGCUGAUGUUGAACAGUGUGAAUUUCAUGUGGAACCUGAUUUGGCCAAGACUGUCAAAUGCUCCUUUGUGGUUUACCAUGUCCCUUGGACAGGGCACACUGAAGUGACAUGGAAACAAUGCAGUUAAGUCUUCCACUGGCCCAGCAUCGCCCCGCGCAUGAGGUUUAACUACACUUGACUGAUACAGCAAUAUAUUCUGAUUAGUACAUACAUUUUAAAUUGUUUUAACCUUAGCAGGGAGUGUUUUACUCUAGUAUACUUUUCCUUUUUACUUCUAAUAAAAAGCAAUUUAACAAGUG